AAACUCUACUUCAUCAAAGCUUUUUAAGGCGCAGAGCCAAAUAACAUCAUCAAAAUAAUUUGAAAAAAAAGAAAAAGAAAAAAUGGAAGGAGCUUCGUACCAGCGAUUCCCAAGGGUCAAAAUCCGGGAACUCAAAGAUGACUACGCUAAAUUCGAGCUCCACGACACCGAUGCUUCCAUGGCCAACGCCCUCCGCCGCGUCAUGAUCGCCGAGGUUCCCACCAUAGCUAUCGAUCUCGUCGAAAUCGAAGUUAACUCUUCCGUCCUCAACGACGAGUUCAUCGCCCAUCGACUCGGUCUCAUCCCUCUCACUAGCCAACGCGCCAUGUCGAUGCGAUUCUCGCGUGACUGUGACGCCUGCGACGGUGACGGACAGUGCGAGUUCUGCUCCGUCGAGUUCCAUCUUCGCGCCAAAUGCAUAAGCGAUCAAACACUGGAUGUCACCAGUAAGGAUCUUUACAGUUCCGAUCAUACGGUUGUUCCCGUCGAUUUCACCGAUUCCGCUGGCUACGAAUCCUCUGAACAAAGGGGGAUUAUCAUCGUGAAAUUGCGGCGAGGGCAGGAGUUGAGGCUGAGGGCAAUUGCGAGGAAAGGGAUAGGAAAAGAUCAUGCGAAAUGGUCACCUGCCGCGACUGUGACUUUCAUGUAUGAACCUGAGAUUCACAUCAAUGAAGAUAUGAUGGAUACCUUGACCCUUGAGGAGAAGCAAAGCUUUGUCGACAGUAGUCCUACUAGAGUCUUUGACAUUGAUCCUAAUACCCAACAGGUUGUGGUGGUUGAUCCAGAAGCAUAUACCUAUGACGAUGAAGUAUUAAAGAAAGCUGAAGCUAUGGGCAAGCCGGGGCUCGUGGAGAUAUAUGCCAAAGAAGACAGUUUCAUUUUCACUAUCGAAUCUACCGGUGCGGUCAAAGCUUUCCAGUUAGUCCUUAAUGCUAUCGAAAUCCUUAAACAGAAGCUGGAUGCAGUUCGCCUGUCUGAGGAUACUGUGGAAGCUGAUGAUCAGUUUGGUGAACUAGGUGCUCACAUGCGAGGAGGUUGAUUCGCUUGUAAGUAAAAACAGAUUUCAUCCGCAUUGUUGCUGACUGCUCUUCUAAUCUUUAGGUACAGAAUCGACUACCUUUUUUUUUUCUUCCCUUUUUCCUCCUCAAAUUUUGUCACCACAUUUGCCAUCUAUUCUAAACUUAAAAGCCUUUGAAGCAUAUGGAUUGACAAAUGAUUUAGCUUGGUA